GUCAAAAUGCCAUCUGUCACUUUUUUUUAAAUGGCUUUAGAAAAUAGACCUGUUGAUGUGCGGCUGCGCCAGGAUUCUGUCUUCCAAUGUCCUGUAUGUAGGAUGUAAGAGCUUUUCUUUUUUUUUAAAGAUUUAUCGGACCAAGAAAUUGAUAACAUUUUAAAUGAAUCCGAGUUUGACUAUUUUGGAGACGAUUCAGUUGGAGAUCCUGAGUUUCUGCCACCAAAUUUAAAUGAAAAAAGGCAAGAUCGUCAAAAUAGUGACUCCAGUAGCUCAAAUGAUGAUACCAGUACAUUUACUGCUCCAACAGCUUCACCAGCGUUUUCGGAUUAUUCAAAUGACUUGACUUAUUAUCUUCCGCACAUGCAAGACCAAGAGGACGAGCCAGAGGAAAAUCUCGUGGUCGCACGUCAGGCCGCAAACCUUAUCUACAUGACAAAUUGCAAUAAGAAAUAGGCAAAAUAAUUCUGAAAUAGGUAUAACCACGAUAGGUUAAAUAAUUCUUUAAAAUUUAAUUCAACCAGUUCCUACUAAGAACAAGCGUACCAAAGGUGCUUUUCGUUUGCCAGAUUAUGGCCCAAAACAAUGGCGCUGCAGAAACAGUGGCUGCUGUAAAAAAACUACUGUUUACUGAAAAAAAUGCGGUAUUUAAUUAUGUUUCACCCCAAAUCGAAAUUGUUUUUCCAAUUUUCAUGAAAAUUAUUAAAUAUUUACUUUUUAAUUAUUUUUGUACCGUACAUUUGUGCAGUUUUUUUACGAUAGCUUUUGAGAUAUAAGUAAAUCUAUGUUAAUUACUGUUAACAUUUUUUAAAAAUUGUAUGUUAAGAGCUAAAGAUUUUCAAUUUAUUGAUCUCGAACAAAUUCUAUUAGUUAUGUUCCUAAUAUUUCUACUAAUUAUGUUCCUAUUAGGCUAAUAUUUGAUGUAUAUAAAUACAUAAUAUAUUAUGAUAAUGUGAAGAUUGUAAUGUUGAUCUCAUUUUUUUAUUGAACGUUCUUUGGUCUAAUUUAUGAAUAGUGGUAAAAAUAUAUUUUUUGUUGAUUUUCAGUUUGAUAAUAUAUUAAAUUAUUACUAAAUGAUGGAUAUAUCUUUGUUAUGUUUUUCUUAAUUUGAAAUUAAAAUUGUUAUAGAAUAUUUUCAUUAUAUGUCCUAUACAAAGCUCGUUAUGAUAAUUAUCUGAUGUCCUUUAUAUAGAACAUAGUGAAAAUCCGUUUUCACCAAAAAAUGAUUUUUUUCUAUAAUUUUCCGAUAUAUAAUAUCACCCAAUGAACAUACUUUCAAAGUAUCAAACAAGAAUUUAAAAAAAUAUAUGCUUGGAACUCAGGAGGAUAGUAACGUAAUCAAUAGUACACUAUCAAGCUGCAUACAACACUACUUGAUUGAAUUGACUGGAAUGAAUGAUUGAAUGAAUGGUGAAAUUGUUGUUAAAUGUCCUACCUACUUGUUUGUUGUAGAUUGUAGUUGUACAUAAGUACGUACGUUUUUGAUUUAUUAAUUUUGUUAGCAAACAAUUUGUGUAGCAACUGUAUUUAUGAAACACUUCUCACAAUGAAUAAACAAAGAUAUUCACAGCAGUUUUAUCUAAGUUUUAUAUGAUCGAAACAAUAUCAAAUAUGUAAUUGCUGUGAUGUGGUUUUGAAUCAACGAAACCGAUGUAAAGUGAAGUGACUGUUUAAUCUACUGUUUAAUUGACUGUGAAUUGGAAUGAGUUGAGUACAUGCCGAUUUAUUAGGUAAUGAAAAUUUUAGAGGAACAGAAGCAUUUAUCGCGCUAAUGUCUCGUUCAAGGUGAUGUCCUGCGAUGUCAUCAGUGCACUGCGUGGUGGUGUGGGAGUGGCAGAGCGGCGGGCAGUGGCUGCCGCACACGCCGGGUGUGGCGCGCACGCUGGAGCGCGCGCACGCCAAGAAGCUGACGCGCGUGGUGCUGGCCGACGCCGACCCGGCGCUCAAGGGGCACUACGUCAACCUGAGGACGCUCACGCAGUACUCAGAUACUUGUGACGGCGGCACCGCGCAGACGCUGGUGCGGCGCUCGUGCUACAGCGUGCAGUCGCCGGGCGGCCGCGGCGUGCGCUGGGAGUGGACCACGCUGGAGCACGCGCAGCUCGAGCCUCUCAGCAUGGAGGUUCAGUGUCACUUGGAAGAGGCGUGGUCGCGCGGCGCCAAGUCGGUGUCGUUCUUGGGAUGGGCGGGCUGCUUGCUGCGCAUGACAGCGCACUGCGGCGGCGUGCUGCGGCUGCUGCGGCGCCGCGUGCAGCCGCCCUAUCCGCUCGUGCGCAGCGAGGACAACGACUCUCGUCGACCCCGCAUUCCCCAACAGCACACGGGCUCGAGCGUCCACUCAGUGCAAUCAAUCCAGUCGCUCCAAUCAGUGCAGUCGCUCCACUCCAGCAAGUCGCUACAGAACCAGCAUUGUACGUCGUCAAAUAUUCGCGCGUGCGGAGCGAGAAGCGCUUCGCCGAGGGAACGAAGCGCUUCGCCGCACAGGAAGACCGGGUUUGCGAGGCAGAUACUGCACAACCUCAAUAUAUUCAGCCACAAUAGCAAAGGCCACCCGUGCCAAGCGGAGGCGAAGCACCGGGCGCUGGAGUCGGAGACGUCGGAGGAGCCCCGCACCGACACCGAGAGCGGCUCCACGAGGAGCGGGCGGCGGCACAGUGUGGACACUGUCUCCACCUACCUCAGCCACGAGAGCAAGGAGAGUUUGCAGCAAGCGGUGGUGGGCGAGCUGCUGAACUGCAGCGGGGGCAGCGACGACGUGUUCCAUCCUCCGGGCGCGCCGGCGCCGCCCUGCCCCCGCGCCCCCGCCGGCGCCCCCAGCGGCGCCCCCGCCGGCGCCCCCGCGCAGGACCUGCCUCUGCCCGCGCCCGGCUCCGACGGCACCAUCGUUGGUCUGGAGCCAGCGGCGGCGGCGCUGUCGGCGUGGGUGCGGCUGGAGCCCCACCCGCAGUGGGGCGCCCUCUGCCCCGCGUGCCGCGCGCCGCUGCAGCCGGCGCAGGCGUGCGUGGCGCUCACCGGCUGCCAGCACAUGCUGCACCUGCACUGCCUCAACCGACAGCUGCAGCGCUUCUCACCAGAGGAGGAGAUGUAUAUCUCGUGCCUGAUGUGCGGACGCGAGUACGGGCGCACCAGCAGCGUGCGCGGCGCUGAGACAGGGCCGCAGCCGCGCGGCACCAUGGCCUGGACGCUGCAGCCGCUGCAGCUGCCCGCCGCGCCGCACGCCGUCUCCAUACUGGUGACGUACUCGUUCCGGUCGGGGCGGCAGUCGCGGCACCACCCGCAGCCGGGCGCGCCGUACUACGCCGUGGGGUUCCCGCGCCGCACCGUCCUCCCCGACACCGCGCUCGGCCGCUGCGUGCUGCAAGCGCUCACCGUGGCCUGGCAGCGGGGCAAGCUGUUCGCUGUGAGCGCGUCGCGCACGACGGGACGCGAGCACGUGGUGUCGUGGACAGUGGCGCCGCCGCCCGCCUGCCGCGACCACUACCUGCCGCCCGCCGACGGCGACGCGCUGCUGCGCGGCUGUCUGGCGCGGCUGCACCGGCUGCUGCACGCCGACCACACGCUGUGACCGCUCUGCUCUCGAACAAGUCAAAGUACGUUAUUGAAGCCGAACAAAAACAGACCUGAAAAAUAUUAUGGAAAUUGUUCCCUUGAGAAUAUUAAAGUUUGACAUUUUCGGAUAUAAGCCGUUCUAAAUAAGAUUUGAAGCUCUACAGCAGCGGUCUGAUGCUCGAGAGCAAAAAGGUAAAAUCUUCGUCUAAUAAACUUAUGAAUGGCCAGUCAUCUAAUUGGCCCAGAUAAACAGGCGCGUACAUCCAUAUUAGGAUGGUUUUUAUAAUAUUCUUGUCAAUUUCCUCACAUUCGCAUCGAAAAUCAGAGUAUAUACACCAUGGCACUAAAGCAACAUAACACUUUCCAUGUAACUAUCGAAUUCAGACAGUUUGUAUGUCAACUAUUUUUUACGACAAAUAAAAACCAGCAAUGAACAUUGUACCCGCCAAGUCCGGCUGAUCGUUUUCGAUAGUGUCUUUCUUCCUCUUUUGUAUUGUCACUUAUAUAACGUUCCAAAGCAAUACACUAAUUUUAAGAGUAACAAUGAAGUUUUUUAUGUUAUGAAAAACUCAAUGUAUAAAAUGCUCUCUAUUGGUAAAGAAGAUUAUGAAAUCAGUAUUAAGUCGUAAUAUGCGACACGACUGACGAGACUAUCUAAUUUUGCAUUUAUUACGUAUAUUUACAACCUGUAUUAUGGAACCAAUUGAGAAAUCUCAAAGAUUGUAUAGCUUUGUAAGUAUAGUAUGGUAGCUUGAAUCUAUUAUAAUCAACUGAAAAGACAUUCAGCUAAAAGUCAAAACUAAAGACUGUAAGGCAGGAUCCACUUCAUCACGUCCAUAUCGGCUUCGUGGAUCUUUGCGAUUCCGCCUUGAAUGGAAAAUAGUGGACACGUUUCCUCCUUUGAUUCUAAUAUAGUAGGUAAAGGCCAAGUGUAAUGAUAUGCUGUAAUGUUAGUCUUCCUGGCUGUCUCAUGUCUUCCUCCUACAGUAAGUUUUAAGUUCGAGACUUGUGUUCUGGGAUACUAACUCAACGAUACUAUAUUUUAUAACAAAUACAUAUAUAGAUAAACAUCCAAGACCCGGGCCAAUCAGAAAAAGAUCAUUUUCCAUCAUGACCCGACCGGGAUCGAACCCGGGACCUCUCGGUUCAGUGGCAAGAACUUUACCACUGCGCCACCGAGGUCGUCCUAAUGUAUGAUAUACUGUACGGUACUGAUAUACAUUGUAAUAUUUCGUUAUUUCUUUGUAUCUACAAGAUUACUCGUAAACAUCCUCGCAAGACUAUGCCGAUGUCUGUAUGUGGGACACAACAUUAGUUCCACGAGGUUUCUCUUAUCAUCUGAAUGCUUUCCCGGCUGCUACCCGAGCCGUAAAGCGUCGAAGCCCCGGAUCCGCUUCACACGAUGUUCAGUUCUGACAUAAUUCAAUACAUUAGAUAAAUGAUUUUCUAGUUUUUAUUGUCUACUGACUUUGUUCCGUCUAUGUUUUAGCCUCAGUCCCAGCAACCAGCGCUCCGCCUAUCCCCGCACUCCGUUGCAUUCUUGACAUUGAAGUGGAAAAUUAAAUAAAUAUACAUUUUAGUAGGAAAAUGAGAUUUAACAAUUAUCGAAACGCGUCGAACAAAUGUUGUAUAUGAAGACGGAUAUCAAGUCUUGCUUUCCAAGUAAUCUUGUAAACUUUCUAAAUUAUAUUUCUUGCGGUUUAGUUCAAGGUAAAAAAGUUAAUGUAAAAAUGUUGUUACACAUAAUUGAAUGACGUGAUCAGUUAAGAUAUUUGUAAUAGUUUUCAUCAUAGUAUCGAAUAUAUAGAAUCGUAACUCGAUGUGGGAAAUAUCUUGCCAUUUAGUACGGGUAUCAUAACAGUCGACUUGAUAAUGAUCAACAAUUUUGAUACGAUCAAUACGAUUAUAAUAAAUAUUUUUAUAAUCUCAAUGUAAACUUGCCAGUAAGUGCCUUAUUGUAUUCUUAGUAGGAUAUAAAAUACAGCAAUAUUAUUUUUACAUAGUAAAAUAAAUUUUAGGUGAUGUCUUCCGAUAACAAAACUUCCAUUUUUAAGAUUUAUUUUUAUUUCUUAGAAAUAUUUUAUUUAUUAGUUCUAAGUUUGUUUUAUCUAUGAUUUUAAUUAGUUUUUAGGUUAAACUAAUUGUUAUAAAGCACCGAAGGUGUAUUAUUCUGAAGGCUGGUAGCUUGUGUUCUAGAUAUUUAGCAAUAAAGUAGAAUUUACAUUAUAUACCCGUCCCUUGGACAAAUGUAAAUUAGCAAGAAAUAUAUUUUCAAUAUAUACUUUUAAUUGGCUGGCAAUGAACCCCAAAUCAACUAUUGGAAGAACUAUAUUUCUAUCUCACUCAUACUCAAUGAGUGUGAGUGAAAUGGACGCGAAACUAAAAUUACAAAAUGUUCUGUAUUUUUUAUUACAUUCCUAUUUUAAAUAUUGAUAGUGGGGCGGGUAUAGAUCUUAUCGCGCUAAAGAGGCUCGGACAGCCCUGAUAUACAAAUGUAGAGGUAUAUUUAAGGCAAUAAAGUUUUAUUAUACAGGA